AUGUCACCUAUACCUCAGCACCCCAAGUCUGCAGCGACCAUCUUCCUCGACCAACCACCAAGCUGUCUUCAAUUUUGCCCUGCAGCACCAGACAACUUCAUCAUAGGCACCUACCUGCUAUCCGAAAACAAAGACAAUGAUGGAAAUGUGCAGCAGACGAAGACUGGAAGCCUUCAACUAUGGAACCUCAAUCCUCUGAACAACGAACUCUCUCUCAUCCAAAAACUAUCACUGCCAUAUGCUGUCUUUGAUCUCCAUUUCCAUCCGAGAGAUGCUAGCAUCCUCGCCAUCGCCACAAGCGCGGCAUCCGUGGCUCUUUUCAAAGUCUCAACCGGCCCCGAAACCACCAUCAGCCAUCUAUGGGACUUACCCGUCCAUGAGGAUCCCUCAACCCCGGCUUUGUUCCUAGCCUGGGCACCCCAGAACUGGUUUCCAAGGCGCGAGCAAGACGGGUUCGCCGUCACGUUCUCCGAUGGCAGGACGAGCGUCUACGGCACCACCUCCGCCGACAAGGCCGAGCUCACAGAGCAAUCCAGCAUCAUCGAACUGGGAACGUUCGAAGCCACCCAGACCAUCGAAGUAUGGUUCGUGGCUCUGGCGUCACUCCGAGACCCCUCAUCGGGAUCCGAGGAACCCAGUCUUCCCUACCUCUUCACAGGGGAUGACUUCGGCUCGCUGCAUACACGCCAAUUGAGUGAACAGGCAGCAGUAGAAGGAGAGGAGCCUCUGGCGCCCCUCGUACUUGACUACGACGACCGCGCUCGUCACCAUACGGGCGGAGUAACGAGUAUUCUUCCUCUGCCCCUUCCGCUUAGUGAAGGCGCUCCCUUGCUGCUCACAGGGAGCUAUGAUGACUGCCUGCGUGUCUACCAUGCCACGCGUAGGGGCCAAGUGCUUGCUGAAGAGUGUCUUGGCGGCGGUGUCUGGAGACUACAGCUGUUGAAGACGGAGCAAAAGCCUGCCUCAGAAACAGAGGGCGAAGAGUGGAGGUUUCUGAUCCUAGCUAGCUGUAUGCAUGCAGGGACAAGGGUGGUGGCGGUGACGUGGAAACCUCGAAGAGUAGAUGACUCGGGAUCCGAAUGGAGUAUCGAUGUCCUGGCCCAGUUCACGGAGCAUGAGAGCAUGAAUUAUGCAUCUGAUGUGUGGAAAGCGGAGGGAGGAUACGACUUGGAAGGCAAGGAUAUAUCGGAGCUGUUUCAAUCAGAGGCAUAA